AUCUUCUGACUUGCAAAAACCAACACCGCAACGCCAUAAACACUUUCAUUUGCUCACCUCUCUCUCUCUCUCUCUGCCCUAGCCAAUUACCCAACCCAGCAACCUUAGUUCCAUAAAACGGCUAAACGCGAACCCAUCCCGCCCAUCACCCUCGAGCUCCUCCUUCCUCUCACCGUCAUCGAUCUCACUCCCUCACCUCCGUCCAUCUCCCGCCGCCGUCGCCGAAACAAGCUUUGAAGCCACCGUCGUUAUCGUGCAGCUCUGUUCCAUCAUCGUGCAGUUACUGUUUCAGCUUUGCAAGCACCGUCACGCAGCUCUGUUCCAUCGUCGCCGGUGCUAUCUCUGUUCCACCUGUCAUCCCUUCAGUCGUGCCCUUGACCCCCUCUUGCUCAGGAUCUUCUUUGUUCUGUUCUAGGGCUUCUAGCUUCUAGAAGGUGAUGGGGUCUUCAGGCUUGAAUCCUUUGAAACUAAGUGUUGCAUGUGGGGGUUACGGUUGGACCGGUUGGACCAAUAAACCAGUGAACCAGUGACUAAAACAGUUCGAUGACUGGUUCAGUUCUCAGAACCUUGGUCUUACCAUCUCUCCGGUGACUGGUUUUUAUUAUUAUUGUUAUUAUUAAUUGAUGAUUGCAUCAAUAAUGAGGCGCUCCUUAUCAAAAUUCCCUGGUUGGCGUUUCGGCUUCGGACAAUCCAAGUCCUUAUUGCAGGUGAAUUGUGAGGCGGGGUCUCAUUGUGCUAGCAGAAGUACCAAUGGUCAAGUCAAUUUCAGUGGCAACUUGAAUGAAUAUUCCACAAGAACUUAUGAAACAUCGUGCGCUACAUCGCUUGACAAUCAGCCAAAGGAUAACUCUGUUUCUGAUAUGCUAGUAGAUUCAUUUGGACGGUUGCACACUUACUUGAGAAUAUCGUUAACAGAACGGUGCAAUUUACGGUGUCAGUAUUGUAUGCCAGCAGACGGCGUGGAGCUAACUCCUAACGCUCAGCUUUUGACAAAUGCUGAGAUUUUGCGACUGGCAAAUCUCUUUGUAAGUUCCGGGGUAAAUAAAAUACGGUUGACUGGUGGGGAGCCAACUGUAAGGAAGGAUAUUGAAGAUAUAUGCAUGGGGUUGUCAAAAUUGAAGGGACUGGAGACAUUGACCAUGACUACAAAUGGUAUAACCCUAGCAAGAAAACUUCCAAGGCUGAAAGAAUGUGGCCUUACUUCUGUGAACAUUAGUUUGGACACAUUGGUACCUGCAAAGUUUGAGUUUAUGACAAGACGGAAAGGGCAUGAAAAAGUAAUGAAUUCAAUUAAUGCUGCUGUGGACCUUGGUUAUAAUCCUGUUAAGGUCAAUUGUGUUGUAAUGCGUGGAUUUAAUGAUGAUGAAAUAUGUGACUUCGUUGAUCUGACAAGAGAAAAGCCUAUUAAUGUUCGUUUUAUAGAAUUCAUGCCAUUUGAUGGAAAUGUUUGGAAUGUCAAGAAGCUUGUACCCUACUCAGAAAUGAUGGAUAGAGUGAUAAAACAUGUUCCUUCCAUAAAGAGACUUCAGGAUCACCCAACAGAUACAGCCAAGAAUUUCGCAAUAGAUGGACAUCAAGGUAGAGUUUCAUUUAUCACAUCAAUGACGGAGCAUUUUUGUGCUGGUUGCAAUAGAUUGCGAAUACUAGCAGAUGGAAACUUCAAAGUGUGUCUAUUUGGUCCUUCAGAGGUUAGCUUAAGGGAUCCCUUGCGACAUGGUGCAGAGGAUGAUGAGCUUAGGGAGAUAAUAGCAGCAGCGGUGAAGAGGAAGAAAGCUUCGCAUGCUGGAAUGUUUGACCUUGCAAAGACAGCAAAUAGGCCUAUGAUACAUAUUGGCGGAUGAAGUCUUAUCAUCUUCUCUUGCCCACUUCCUUAACUCCAUAAAGUUAAGGUUUGCUUGGUGAUAAUGUUAUCUUUUUUUAGGAAUUUGCAAGAGAAAAAGUAUAUCAUGAAAAUGAACACAAUAUUCACUCUUUUUUUUUACAAAAUUAUGAAAAUAGAAAACAUUGAAUGAAAGAAGAAACUAAAUAUGCCCUUAGGUGUUCAUUCUCUUAGGUGUGUUUGUGAGAUGGGGUUUUAAAGGGAAAGUGGUGAAAGGAAGAGUUUGAAGAGUAAUUAUAAGUCAAUUUGUCUAUUCAAAUCUUUCUUUCCCUUCCUCUCCUUGUAAAGCUUCAACCGCAUUAUUAGAGCUGUAGUUAAUCGAAGUACCUCAUUGUGUCUAAGUUUAGGUGUCGUGUGUCUUUCAAAAUUUGCUUAUAUUCAAGGAAAACCAUGGCUGCCCCUGCUAGAAGAAGGUCCUGAUCGUUCUCCUUAUGGAGUGAUACAGUUUUGUCUAUUUACUUUAGUAUAUAUUUGGUCAAAUGUUUUUCGGCCUACAUUUUCAGAUCAUGUGUUGAUUAUCAAGAUAAUUAUGUGUUGUUUAUAAAAUUGAGGUUAUUUAUUUGUUGUUUGUAUAAGCCAGAUUUGAGGGUCAAUAAUCGACACAUUAUUCUAUGCAGCUAGGUGGGUUGUAACAAACCAAAUCUACAGAGUCAGAUAAUGCACAGUGCACUAUAACAGUUGAGGCAUUGUGAGUUUGUGACUAGAAAAUGAACUGCCUUUGUAAGUGGGGAACUUUUUGGGAUAAAAUUAUUCUAAAACGGGAUGGACAAUUCGUGUAAAUUCUUCAGAGGGGGCAGACUAAAAUUUGGUUGUAACCGUGUCUCAAGUGUCUAUCAUUGCUGGUUUUUUACAUCAUCAUGGUUUUGCUAAAGCAUCGAACAUAAUUUUGCUUCUCUUACUCUUUACUAAAGGUGUGUUUCAUGAAGAGAGGUUUUGGAGAAGAUGGGAGAAAAUUAUUCCAAGAGUGAAAUAUGAAUUUAUAAUUCCUCUUGAAGCUCCUCUGUUGUCUUAUUUUUUUUUUUUCUUUGAAUCGUUAACUCAAAACACAUUAUAGAUGUAUUUGUGAGUUGAAAUAUAAAAUCUACGUGAGGUAAAAGAAUGACUUGACCAACAAUCAACAAAGCGAAAUUUAUUUUAUUU